AUGAAGGGUACCUUGAAAAUCAAUGUUGAUGUAUCUAUGUAUACAUCCGUUGAAUUAUUGAAAGAUCUUCGCGUGAUAAAUGAGAUUUCGAAGAAAGUAAUCGAUAUUUUACAAGAAAAAGGACAGGAAGCGCGUUCAAGUGUCAUUGACAAGGCCAGUAAAAAUGCCGUAUCUCUUCUUUUAUCGAAGAAGAAAGGAAAAGUAGGUUCAGUUUUAUCUGUUUAUUUACCGACAAAUACGAUAGAACCAUUACACGAUACAGUUGUGCCUACUGUUUCGUCCGAUGAAGAUUCAUCGCUGAAAUCUUCUAUCCAUGUUCGUGAAUUGAGAAAAGAACUAAGCUUACAGAUAAGUCAUAUCGUUCAGUCAGCGCGUGUUCAUGCUGCUGGUAAAAGCGUAAUACGUAUUCUACGUAAGACCAGUAGUUUUAGUUUAUUCUUUAAGUGCCUUCGUCCUUUAACUGAAGUCGUCUCAAUUGGAGAUUUUAUUCAAUAUCGAAAUGACGAUAAAUUAAGUCCUAUCCUGUUGAUUCGUAAAAAUAAUAAUGAAUCAGAUGUUUUUCAGUUUUAUCCAUCGUCGAACAUAGUAGAAAUAACGUUCAAUGAUACGCUCAUCAAGAAAAUUCUGUCUUCGUUUGACCUGUUAGGAACACUAGAUAUCGAUGAACUUUCAUAUCUUAUCAAUGAAUGUACUUUCAUGUGUGAUCUGAAACUAGAUACUCUAGCUCUUGAAGAAGCUCUUAAAACGAAAAUUCUAUUUGAUUUUAGAAAAGCUGAACAGAUAGAUGAGCUUCGAAACCAAGAUGAUCAAGUUCCUACCGAAACCUCGCCUUCUUUGAGUGAAGAGGAAAUAGAUGCUAUCGUAGGUCGAACAUAUACGACACGAGGUAUUAAACGUUCGUACGAAGAAGAUCCGAUCGUCAUUGAACCAAAUCGAAAUGAGUAUCGUCAAAAUAAAAUGAUCAAAGAUAAAAGAGAUUUAUUACAUUUAAAAGAUACUUAUUAUCUUACAGAUGCUGCUUUAAAAGCGAUCUCUCAAUAUGUUCGAAGUAAAAGAAAACUGUUUUCGUUAAAAGAAAUCGAAAGACUAAGGAAAAAAACCAAUAGCAGAUUUCCUAUUCUACAUACUAAAACAAGUGCAUACGUCAGAUUUGAAUAUGCUGUGCGUACAGCUAUAUUCGUUGCGCGGAAAUACGAACAGAAACUCGAUCAAUUCGAUACACUGAACAUCCGUUUCAAUAUGGAUGGCACUUUGAUAGGAAACAAACAUAUAGUCGCAAUAUCUAUUAAUUGUCUUGAAGGCGGUAAUCAAUGCCAGUCUGCAAAGAAUCUUGUUCCAUUAGGUCUUUUUGAGGUACAGAAAGAAAACACAGAAUUACUGCGUCAGAGUUUACCCGCAGAGUUCAUCACUGAUAUAAAAUCUGUCAAAUAUAUUUCUAUAGGCGCAAAAAAUAUUGCCAUCCGUAUUCGACUAGGCGGUGAUCUGAUGAACGCAGUUUAUGUAUUUGGACUUGCUGGAUUUAGUUCUAAUUAUCCAUGCACUUUUUGUACACAACAUAAAGAUGAUCUUCAUGUCACAGAAGAUACAGCUUAUGAUAAAACUAUCACAGAAGGAAAAGGAAAGAAUAAGCAAACGUUCACUAUUCGUGUAGGUCCUACUUCAUAUCAUGACUCUUCUAAAAAAGCACGCUCUCUUGUUGAACAAACUCUAUGCUUAGCCAAAAACGCCAAUGAGUUAGGUUAUAAAUGUGAACCUCUUUUUGGAGAUCUCUUCGAUUAUCAAGAUUACUGUGUUGAUACACUUCACAUGAAACUGAGAAUUUUUGAUGUUAUU